GAUUCAAGUGCCCUGUAUGUUCAAAAUUUGUAUCAUCUGACGAAAUGGAUUUACAUCUUGUGAUGUGUCUGACAAAACCAAGGAUAACCUACAAUGAGGAUGUGCUGAGUAAAGAUGCUGGGGAGUGUGCAAUAUGCCUGGAAGACCUGCAGCAAGGAGAUACUAUAGCACGGCUGCCUUGCCUCUGCAUAUAUCAUAAAGGCUGCAUAGACGAAUGGUUUGAAGUAAAUAGAUCUUGCCCUGAGCAUCCAUCAGAUUAAGACAAGAUUCAUGGUUUUAGCUGCUUCCCCUGAUCAGAAAACACAGGACGUGUGAGGUUCCUUUGCUGAACGCAGCAUGCCUGGCUUGAGACUCACAGUUCUUUGUGGCUGAAAAAGGCGAGGAUGGACAGUGACAUGGAAAAAGCAUUGCAGAAACUGGUUACUUGCCGGUAGUGCUCAGUGUACCAAACACUCAUGCAAAAGACACACAGGGAUUUUAAAAAUGCUGCACAUCCUGUAACAAUCGACUCCCCACAGACGUUACUGACACUAUUUUGUAUCGAAGGCCAAAGUUCCUGAUUUCAGCCUCACUUCUGGUUCUGUGAAGAAGCGGGUUAUUGGACAUGUGCCUCAAGUGGAAGUGGAGAUGUUCAGUACGUGCUAUCUGAGACCCUUGCAAGAAGAUGGCCCCGGUUUUGUGUGGGAAUGUUUUCACCUUCUUGUUGGCUGAAGAACAGUAAAAUGGCAAACUAAAUAGAAUCUAACAGUGUGACCUUGAUUUGCUGAAUUCACACCCUGUUUUGUGUUCCUCACUUUUUUCAAGAACAGAAAACAUAAACUUCUCUGCAUAGGAAUACUGUACUUCAGAAUUUUGUAACUAAAUGUUGGUCACAAUGCAGUCCAAAGAGUAAAACCGAGACAGGCAACUAA